AGAGCCCUUCUUCGGAUUUUUAUAGGAUGUUUUUAAAACAAGUUGUUUGUAUCCACUUGUAUGACAAUAUUUCCCAUUCUGCCCUACAGAGUGUAUUUCACCGAGGUCUAUCAAAAAUUUAAGAUCUUGAUAGAGUUAAAGUGCUGUGAAAACAUAAAGUACAAUAUGAUGUCCUUAGUGUUGUUUGUUUUGGGAGUACUCCUGGCUGCAACAGAAGGCCGCGGCUAUGGAAAAACUGUGAUGAGAUCUGGAGGAUUGACAGCGUAUGACAAACAAGCUAUCGUGGAUGCACACAAUCGUCUCAGACAGUCUGUUGCCUUGGGACAGGUCUCCAGUCAACCUCCGGCAGCAAAUAUGUUGGAAAUGGUAUGGGACGAGGAAUUAGCUGCUACAGCUCAACGUUGGGCUGAUCAAUGCACCCCGGCUCACGACAGGGCGUCUCAACGCGAAGUCGGGCGCUGGCCAGUAGGACAGAACUUGGCGGCCACCUGGACCACUCGUCCUCCAACUUCGGCUGAAGAUUCGGAACCUGACUUCAUAAAGCAAAUCAACGCUUGGUUCGAUGAAGUCCGCAUCUACUACUUCAAGCCUAUUUCUGGCGGACAUGGCACUGGACACUACUCUCAGUUGAUUUGGGGUGAGACGUCCCAUGUCGGUUGCGGAUUCACCUUCUACUACGAUCCUUCUCGAGGCUACACAAAGCUGUAUGUCUGCAACUAUGGGCCUGGUGGAAAUGUGAUCGGUUCAAGCCCUUACGAAAAGGGUCAUCCCUCUUGCAGCAACUAUGGCCUCUCCGAAUCCAGAAAAUAUUCUGGUCUUUGCUCGGCUACAGCCAGCUAUACGGCCAGCACGAGCUACCAAUCUGACAACAGCUACAUCUCAAAUGUCAUCCCCGACAGCAACACCGACUACAACUACCAAUUCAACAAUCAUUAUUACAACCAAUACGAAAACCAGUAUCAAUACCAAUACCAGCAACCUUCUACCUUUUACAAAACGGAAACAACCGAAGCUUCAACCUUUAGGCCACUUAUCAGCAUUAUCAAAACUGCGACAAAUUUGUUCUCAAAACCAAAAUCAUCGGGAUUCAGAUUCGGCACUGUGUACGAAGUAUAAACUCCCAGACACAUAUAACUUCAGUUAGUAUUUAAAUUAGUGACUCAAUGUUACUUGACUGAUAUUCGAAAUCUCAUGGAGUUUCGGAACAAGUAGAUAAUUUGUUAUUCCUUGGUUUUACAAGGAAAUUGAAUAAGAUUUUCACUCCAUUUUAAAACUACGAAAAUCUUGUGAAGGUCUCUGUAUGUAAAAACU